AUGCGGCGCCUGCCUCGCCGCCUGAUGCUGCCGGUCUUCGGGGUGCUCUGGAUCACCGUGCUGCUGUUCUUCUGGGUAAACAAGAACAAGUUGGAGGUGUCCAAGGCGCCUGAAGUGCAGCCCACCAAGAUCUUGGAUGCUGACUGGGAUGACCUGUGGGACCAGUUCGAUGAGCGGCGGUAUCUGAAUGCCAAAAAGUGGCGCGUGGGUGACGACCCCUAUAAGCUGUACGCUUUCAACCAGCGGGAGAGCGAGCGGAUCGCCAGCAACCGGGCCAUCCCGGACACUCGCCACCUGAGAUGCACGCUGCUGAUGUACUGCAGGGACCUGCCUCCCACCAGCAUCAUCAUCACCUUCCACAACGAGGCCCGCUCCACCCUGCUCAGGACCAUCCGCAGCGUAUUAAACCGCACCCCUAUGAAUCUGAUCAAGGAAAUCAUAUUAGUGGAUGACUUCAGCAAUGACCCUGGUGACUGCGAAGAGCUCAUCAAGCUGCCCAAGGUGAAAUGCCUACGCAAUGACCAGCGGCAAGGUCUGGUCCGGUCCCGGAUCCGAGGCGCUGCUGUUGCCCAGGGCACCACUCUGACUUUCCUCGACAGCCACUGUGAGGUGAACAGGGACUGGCUCCAGCCACUGCUGCACAGGGUCAAAGAAGACUACACGCGGGUGGUGUGCCCUGUGAUCGAUAUCAUCAACCUGGACACCUUCAGCUACAUCGAGUCAGCCACGGAGCUCAGGGGGGGAUUUGACUGGAGCCUCCACUUCCAAUGGGAGCAGCUCUCCCCAGAACAGAAGGCUCUGCGCCUGGACCCCUCGGAGCCCAUCAGGACUCCCAUCAUAGCUGGAGGGCUCUUCGUGAUGGACAAGUCCUGGUUCAACUCCCUGGGGAAGUAUGACACGGACAUGGACAUCUGGGGAGGGGAGAACUUCGAAAUGUCCUUCAGAGUGUGGAUGUGUGGGGGCAGCCUAGAGAUCAUCCCCUGCAGCCGAGUGGGCCACGUCUUCCGGAAGAAGCACCCAUAUGUCUUCCCGGACGGAAAUGCCAACACGUAUAUAAAGAACACCAAGCGGACAGCUGAAGUGUGGAUGGAUGAAUACAAGCAAUACUUUUAUGCUGCCCGGCCGUUCGCCCUGGAGAGGCCCUUCGGAGACAUUGAGAGCAGAUUGAACCUGAGGAGGAGUCUGCGGUGCCAGAGCUUCAAGUGGUACCUGGAGAAUGUCUACCCAGAACUCAGAGUCCCCAAGGAUUCCUCCAUCCAGAAGGGCAACAUCCGACAGCGGCAGAAGUGCCUGGAGUCUCAAAGGCAGAAAAACCAGGAGAUCUCCAACCUCAGGUUGAGGCCCUGUGUCAAGAUCAAAGGCGAGGAUGCAAAGUCCCAGAUCUGGGCCUACACAUACACCCAGCAGAUCAUCCAGGAAGAGCUGUGCCUGUCCGUCAUCACCUUCUUCCCUGGUGCCCCUGUGGUUCUCGUCCUUUGCAAGAACGGAGAUGACAAACAGCAGUGGACCAAGACUGGCUCCCGCAUCGAGCACAUGGCCUCUCACCUCUGCCUAGACACGGACAUGUUUGGGGAUGGCACUGAGAGCGACAGGGAAGUCGUGGUCAACCCGUGCGAGUCCUCACUCAUGAGCCAGCACUGGGACAUGGAGAGCCAUUGA